CUGGGAAAAGGAGGCUACGUAAGCGAUACAGCUGAAGCGCAAAUCAAUGCAACUACGAGCGCAAGAAGAAGGCAGUACCUAAAUGCUAAAAGGCGAAAGCAAGCAGUAAACUACAACUCAGCAGCAUAUACAGAGUCAGGAGUUCGUCACUACUAGACCACAACAACGCACUAUGGUUGCUUUUGCACUCUUCCUCGUGUUUGUUUUGUCUGAUUUUCUUCGCCACUCAAUCCUGCGUCUCCCUCUCUCACUAGUCAUUAUCAAAAGAUAAACUUCCCCAUAUCACAAGAAAUCAACCCAACCCAUAUCUUUAGCAGGAUUAUUAUUAAUCUUUUUGGUCGCACUGAAAUAAUUAAUUACGUUACUAUAAUUGAAAAUGGGUGCAUACACAUGUACCUGUUUGUAUGGAUAUCUAUAUCAUACAAACAAGACCCGAAUUCGGGUAUAAUCUUCCUCUGCCGUCCAAGACUUGGGUAAAGCAGGUGCAUCAAUGAUUGUAACGAGGAAGGGAUGUGAUGUAAGAUUGGAUUUUUCUUGGUGGGGUCUUGUCAGAUGAGUAAAAGGAGGGAUGGGGUUUAGUAGCUGUUUCGGUGCAUUCGGUUCUACUUGCAAGGAAACAAGUAAAACACAGAGGCCACGAGGUGAAACACUCUAUAGGCCAUUUCCAUUUUCUCAAAGGGGUUUGCGUGUUGUACGCAUGAAAAGAAGAGAGCUCGCUACAAGCAAUGUCAAGCUGUUCUCAUACAACUCUUUGCGGUCAGCAACAGGACACUUUCACCCAUCAAACAGAAUAGGAGGCGGCGGUUUUGGAGUAGUAUACAGGGGUGUUUUGAGGGAUGGAACUCAAGUUGCCAUCAAGUGUCUAUCUGCUGAUUCGAAGCAAGGGACCACUGAAUUCUUAACAGAGAUUAAUAUGAUUUCAAAUAUUAGACAUCCAAACCUUGUUCAGUUGAUUGGUUGUGGCAUCGAGGGCAGUUAUCGGAUAUUGGUAUAUGAAUAUAUGGAGAAUAACAGCCUUGCAAGUUCUCUACUCAGUUCAAAAGUUAAAAGGCUUGAGAUGGAUUGGUCCAAGAGAGCUAACAUAUGUAGGGGUACAGCUUCUGGCCUUGCUUUUCUGCAUGAGGAAGCUGACCCAAGUAUUGUCCACCGUGAUAUAAAAGCCAGCAACGUUCUUCUUGAUGAGAACCUUCAUCCCAAAAUUGGUGAUUUUGGGCUAGCAAAGCUUUUCCCCGACAACGUCACUCAUGUUAGUACUAGGGUGGCAGGAACAGUUGGAUAUCUAGCUCCAGAGUAUGCCUUGCUAGGACAGCUUAGUAAGAAGGCAGAUGUCUAUAGCUUUGGGGUGCUUGUACUCGAGCUGGUAAGUGGCAGAAGUAGUAGUAAGGCGGCAUUCGGGGAGGAUCUGUUGGUUCUAGUGGAAUGGACCUGGAAACUAAGAGAAGAAGGUAGGAUUUUAGAGAUUGUUGAUCCAGAAUUGGGAGAAUAUCCAGAAGAGGAAGUUAUACGCUUCAUCCAAGUUGCACUCUUCUGUACCCAAGCAGCUGCUCAUCAAAGGCCUGGAAUGAAGCAAGUGCUUAAGAUGCUCUCUGAGGAGGUUAACCUUAAUGAGCAGUUACUUGAUGCUCCGGGAGUCUAUAGACCGCAUACCUCUAGGCAAUCAGGCGGUGGUGGCUUGCAAAUAACAUCCUCACGGUCGGACAAGGGCAAGAUGUCAGCAUAUUUUGCGAUGUCAGCUGGGUUGGAUACUUCUCAAAGUGUGACACAAAUGCUUCCCAGAUGAAAGCCAAGAGUCCGAAAUUCCCAAUUGUUGGUCUUGUGUUGAUCCUCCUUGAGAAUGGCUAAAAGUUGUAUGUUCUGCUCGCCUAAUCUUGACGACUUGUUCUACCAGUCUCCUAUUUGGAAAUCUAAUCAGAGGAUUUCUGCGUGGCUUAUACCCGACACUAAACGAUGUGAACAAAGACUACGGAUCCAAACGGUUGUUUUCCUCUCUGCUCAAGGAUUUCCGCGUCAUUUCCGCUUGUGAUGUCUUCAAGUGGUUUGCAGAGUUGGAGCCUAUUUUAUAAAGUUGAAGUUUGAAAUCUGAAUUCGAAAAUUAGUGUAAAAGUAUAAUGAUUGGUCAUACUAUUAAUAUUAACUUAAGGGCAUUAGGAAAAUAGUAGGCUGGAUACUCUUUCAACAAAGUCAACUAAUUUUUCUUAAAGUGUAUGAAAAAAAAAAAACUAAAACUAUCAACAGGGA